CAUUCCUUUGAAGACAGCGCUGAAGAGGCAGUCUUCACCUCCCGACCCUCGGCCAGCGCUGGGAACAGCGAGGACUCGGCAAACGCGCUGACCCACUCUGUGCAGCCGGCAAAGGGGGCAGUGGGACCGGGGGCUCUCGCACGGUUUCCAGCGUCUCUCCGGGAUCAUCGCUUCUAAUCCCAGAGGCAUUUCUGGGCCAAGUAAAGAGGGAUUUAAAAAAAAACCCCAGUGGGGAUUUCUGGGCGAAACAAGGAAGGAUUUGUGUUUAAUCCCAGAGGGCGAAGCAAGAAGAGAUUGUAUCUCUUCACUUCUCCGCUCACACAGGCAGCGAAAGUUUCUUGGAAAUAGUUUUAUCUCAUCGAGCUCACACGGACUUUUAACUGCGCCGCCACCGGAUUGAAAAGAAGUGGGGAGGGAACCCCUCGGAGUGGAAGGGACAGCGGCGAUCUGAAGAUCAACCACAGGAGAGGGAGCUGAGUGAAGGGUGAGCCCGUCUCUCCCUCCUCCUCGCCUCCAGCACCGCCCGCACGGAACUUGCUGCUCACGGGUCUGUCUCAACGCGGAUCAAAGCGGAGGCUCGGACCCGCAGCUGGAUUAGUUUGCUGGAAAAGUUUCCGCAGUUUGCUGUGUGUGCGCGAUGGCUCAGCACCGCCUUAAAGCAGCCGCCUCUUACCUGAUGCUGAUACUAAUUCUCCCCGGACUAGAUGCUGCUUCAUCUCUACACGACUCCGAGGAAGCAUUUAACAGGCCGAUUGAGAAGACCUUGGAGAAUUUUAGCAAGGACUUUCAAUGUCAUCACAUGUUAAAGCACCUAUACAAUGGAGCUAGGAUCACUGUGCAAAUGCCACCGAAAGUGGAGAGCCACUGGGUCUCCACAAGUUGUGAGGUGAGACCAGGACCUGAAUUCAUUACACGAUCCUACAGAUUUUACUCCAACAACACAUUCAAAGCUUAUCAGUUUAACUACGGUGACAAUCACUGCACACAGCCUAGCUACACCCUGGUGAUCGUGGGUAAACUCCGCUUGCGCCAGACCUCCUGGAUCAUUCGAGGAGCGACAGAAGCAGAUUACCACCUGCACAGGGUCCAGAUCGUCUGCCACAGCAAGAUGAAGGCGGAGGAAAUAAGCUUGAGGCUGAACCGGUCGUGCCCGGGCUUCCUGCCGGGACCUAAGACCUGGGAGCCUCAGCUGCCCUAUGACCUGUCGAGCAACGAGUCAGGCUGCAACUGUUUCCGAGCUCUGAACUUCGCCAUGCAUGAACUGCAGCUGCUGCGGGUCGAGAAGCAACAUCUGCACCACAAUCCUGAGCAAGUGGUGCAAGAGUUGUUCCUGGGCGACAUCCACACAAACUGGUCCCAGAGGAUGUACAGCCGACCAUCCAGCUAUCAACCCCCACUGCAAGAUGCAAAGAACCACGCCCAUGGUAGUAUGGUGUGCCACAUGAUUUCCCGGUCCAAUGAGUAUCGCCCUCCUGUUUUACCGCCCAAAGCAGACCUGCCUGUGGGGCUGUACGGACACUGGGUGAGUCAACGUUGCGAGGUGCGGCCCGAGGUACUCUUCCUCACCCGGCACUUCGUCUUUCAUGACAACAACAACACAUGGGAAGGGCAUUACUUUCAUUUCUCAGACCCCGUGUGCAAGCACCCAACUUUCACCAUCUACGCCAAGGGCCGUUACAGCCACAGAAUCCCGUCUGCAAAGGUGAUGGGAGGAACAGAAUUUGUGUUUAAAGUGAACCACAUGAAGGUGACUCCAAUGGAUGCAGCUACCGUUUCGCUCUUGAACGUUUUUAGUGGCAAUGCAUGUGGGGCUGAGGGAUCGUGGCAUAUUGGCGUGGAACAAGACGUAACGCACACCAACGGCUGCGUGGCUCUGGGGAUCGGUCUUCCCCACACCGAGUACGAGCUCUUUAAGAUGGAACAGGACGCUAAAGGCCGGUACCUGCUCUUCAAUGGGCAGAGACCGAGCGACGGAUCCAGUCCAGAUAGACCUGAGAAGAGGGCUACAUCUUACCAGGCCCCAUUGGUCCAGUGUGCUGCAUCUGUGGACAGGUUGGAUGAGUCAACGGAAAACAGUAAUCAAAGCAAAAAUAUCAACAAUGGAUCAGUGAGAUACCACCACUCUGCAGGUGCUGCUGUAUUACUGUUUAUUUGCAUGGUCAGGCACGUUUACUGCUAAGCACAGCCUCAAUCUUCUGUGGCUCCAACUCUAAGAAAAUAGAGUUUCUUUCUUCAUUCAGACAGUUUACUCGCUUCAAUGGCCAAAUACUGUUUCUCCAUUUGAAGGUGUCAAUAUGAAUUUUCCACAUUGAACUCCCUGCAGUCAACUUCAGGCAUGGAACUAGUAGCAUCCACUGCACACAGUAAACGCACUUUAUUAAGAUGGAAGAUUUUAUUCGCACUGUAAAAUAUUUACCUAGUUUGCCAAGCAACGUCAUCUGUGGCAUUCUCCUCCUGAGGACUCUGUUUCACGCAACUCUGGAGGUUAAUUUUAAUUGGCAAAUUGAAAGUAUUUGUUUAUUUAAAAGGAAUCAGAAGUUUCAACAUGCAAAAUCUGCAGUUGCAAAAGCAAACAACGGAUGAGAAUAAAAAAGUCACUACUAUCUUCCAUCAAUACUAGUAAAAAAAAGUAUGGUAUUUUUAAAAAUACUGCUUCUACAUUUUAUUUUUCCUUAUAAGGAUACAAGUAAAUAAUUGUACAAUGUCUAUAUAAAUCAGCGAUGUUUCUGCUGUGGAUUUUGUGUGGCACUUGAUUCCAGUUUCUUCAUUAUAAAUCUAGAUGUAGGUUUGACAUUAUUUAUAUUACAAGUAAUCAGAUGUUUCUAUUGGUUUGUUCUUAACUUUUUUUUGCAUAAUUAAUUUUUGUACAUGCUUACGGUAAUUUCUAAAAUCAUAUUUUUUAAAUGUGCGUUUGGGUAAUUAGAUAGCAACUAAAUCAUUAUGCUAUGGUUUAAAUAUUUUCUGAUUUACACAAGUUGUCUGUUUGUUAUUCUCUUAAUUUCUACAUAUAUAUAAAAAGAAACUUCAAAUUAAAUCGUUAUUGGGUUAUUUUUGGAUGCAAAUGGCAUUGUACUGGAGGGAAAAGCAUUUAGUUUAUUGUUAAAGGUGCAUUAUUAAUGAGUUUAGCAUUAUUCCAACAAAAUAAUGCAACUAUCAUGAGUUAUUUCAGAUUGUCAAAGUAGUUUGUGAGUUUCUUAUAAGGGUGAAUAUUUUAAGCUGUAUUGAAUAAAAUUGCAAAAUGGAAUCACAGACCACUUUCUCAAAUAAGACUUCCGAGGUGCAGCAGCAAAGAAAGCAAAUAUAAAGACAGAGGAUACGACAGAUGUUGAAAUCUGGAGCAGAAAAAUAAACUUCUGGACA